GCGCAUGCGCAGUUGCAUCCGUCGCGCAGAAGGGUCGCGAACUCUGACCUCCCAGAGGCGAGGCGAUUUCGGAAAAAUUCAACAAAACAUCGGAUUUCUGGUGAAUAAGACAUCCAGCCCUACGGUUGUGCAUCUAAGGGCUGUGUGUGUGUGUGUGUGUGUGUCUGUGGUGUAAGUGAUGGGGAGGUGCAUUUAAGCCAAAGCAGUGUGUGGGAUCAUCAUGGCAGGAGAAAAUCCCAGAAUUCAGCUGGUGUCUGCAGAUGGAGGUCUGCAGAUCGUGGCAGAUCAGCAGCUAGGCCAAAAGCUCCAGAUAGUAACAGCGUAUGAUCAGACAGGAGCCGGCAAACAGCAGUUCAUUUUAGCCAAUGUCGACUAUCCUAAUCAGGAUAAGCUACUUCUAAAGCACGAGAGCUCACCAGGAAAAGUAAUCCUGACCUCAGCUGAUGGCUCAGCUGUCAAUCAACUGCUCUUCACAUCCCCUGAGCUGGCAGGUCAGCAGAUACAGUUUGUCACAGAGGGAACAGAACAAAGCUCUGUUAAGCCUGUGGUGGAGUAUUGUGUGGUGUGCGGAGACAAAGCGUCAGGUCGUCACUACGGAGCCGUGAGCUGCGAAGGCUGCAAAGGCUUUUUCAAGCGAAGCAUCCGCAAGAACCUCGUGUACACGUGCCGUGGCUCAGGGGAGUGUGUGAUCAAUAAGCAUCACCGCAACCGCUGCCAGUACUGCAGACUGCAACGCUGCAUGGCCCUCGGCAUGAAACAGGAUUCCGUGCAGUGCGAGAGAAAGCCAGUGGAGGCAACGAGGGAAAAGCCGGCCAACUGCGCCCCUUCCAUCGAGAAGAUCUACAUCCGCAAGAAUCUCUGCAGCCCCCUAGCCGCCAUGCCCACCUUCGUCAACGAGAAGGAGACAGCCAGAUCUGCCAAUGUGUUAAACUCCAACAUGCUUCUAAACAUCCAGCAAUCUCUGUCCAAGUUAGACAACACAAUCCUCAUCCCCUCCUCACCAGACCAGAAUGAUGAUUCUCAGGGUGAUCUUAGCACGCUGGCUAACGUGGUCACGUCUCUGGCCCACAUGAGCAAGAGCCGCGAGUUGAUGGACAACAGCGCCGACCAAUCAGGGCUGGAGAGCAUGAGCACAGAGGAAGUCUCUGUGACCGAUGUCCAAGCAGACGAACAGAAUUCCAGCGUCGUCCAUCAAGCCUUUGAUUCGUUGGCCAAAGUUCUGCAGCCAGAGGAUGGGAACAGUUACGCUGUAGAGGGGAGCGUUCCUGAGGAGCAGAGUGCCACCAUAUUGGAGCUGGAAGGACCACUCCUUUCUGACAUGCACGUGCCUUUUAAGCUGAUGAUGCCCUUGCCUGUGCCAGAGUUUCUUAAUUUGAACUAUAUCUGUGAGUCGGCUUCACGUCUGCUAUUCCUUUCCAUGCACUGGGCACGCUCCAUUCCUGCUUUCCAGGCUCUCGGGCCAGAGAACGGGAUCGCUUUGAUAAAGGCAUGUUGGAAUGAGCUGUUUGCUUUGGGCUUGGCUCAGUGUGCUGACAUCAUGAAUGUGGAGAUGAUCCUCAGUGCAAUCGUCACUCAUCUGCAGAGCAGUCUGGAAGAAGAGAAACUCUCAGCAGAGAGAGUAAAGCAAGUGAUGGAGCACAUCUGGAGAAUGCAGGAGUUUUGUAACAGCAUGAAUCGUGUGAACCCUGAUGCCUAUGAGUACGCCUACCUCAAAGCCACCGUCCUUUUCAGCCCGGAUUAUGCCGGAGUGGACAGCACUCUUCAGAUUGAGCGUUUUCAGGAGAAAGCUUACAUGGAGCUGCAGGACUACGUCAGCAGGCUGUACCCAGAGGACACUUAUCGUCUGUCGAAGUUGCUGCUACGGUUGCCCGCUCUGCGUCUCAUGAGUGCGGCCGUGACCGAGGAGCUCUUCUUCGCCGGCCUCAUCGGGAAUGUCCAAAUCGACAGCAUCAUCCCCUACAUCCUCAAAAUGGAUUCCACCGACUACAACAGCCAAUCAGCCGCCGCCGCCGCCGCCACCACCACCACAGAGUAAUUCAAGCCCCACCCACAAACACUCCAAUCAGCCCGAGCUGCUGACUGACUGACUGCGCCCCAUCUCGCUGCCCUAAAAGUGACCUUUUUAUUGAUGAAAAAAGAAGCAGAAAGUAAGACGUGGCCUUUAGACCGUGCAUGAGUGUAGAAGGUCAACGUUUUUCAAGCUGGUGCAUGAUGAAGAUUGAGGGUGUUGUCAUUUGUAAGACCGCACUUUUUUGUUUCAUAUAUAAAGGAUGUGGAUAACCGGAGUACUUGAUUUGGGCAGGAUCGGUUAAAGGAAGUGGCUUGAACUGUGAAAAGACUUAACUAAAGCUUUAUCUAUCCGUUUGUACAUGAAUUGUGUAUAUAAGUGUAAUAAAUAUCACUCUUAUACGAAGAUAUUAA